ACGGAGCAAUACGGAAGGGAACCGAUAUCUCGUGCUUAUCACUCGAUAAUUACAUAAAUAGACGUCACACGGCACACAGUGGAGUCUUGGGACGAUUUUUCUUUCGACAACACAAUGCCGAUCGAUUACGUUGCAUUUGCGUACGCUGCCGCGGUGGCUGGUGGCGGAGUGCUAGGUUACGUGAAAUCGAGUUCUAUCCCCUCGCUGGCCGCGGGUCUUCUAUUUGGAUCAGUUCUGGGAUACGGCGCUUAUCAGACUUCUCAGGAUCCGACCAACGUUACAGUUUUCUUAGGCACUAGCACAGCUCUCGGAAGUCUGAUGGGAUAUCGGUUUUACAACAGUGGAAAGAUAAUGCCAGCUGGAGCAAUCGCUGUACUAAGUGCUGUGAUGAUCGUAAGGACAAUCACGAGAUAUUUUUCACCGCCCUUGAAGACUGAAUAAACGUUAAUCAUUGAGUUG